GUCUUACCGAUUUGAAAAUGGCCGAAUGAAAGAUUUUGUGCGAGGGUUUAAGGAGUUGAAAGGAGAUUUUACAGUCGCCGGAGAAGAAACAGUAAAGUAAAAAUGGGGAGGAGAAUAUUGAACGAUGCAUUGAGGACUAUCGUGAAUGCAGAAAAGAGAGGAUUUGCUUCUGCUGAGCUAAAACCUGUCUCUAAUGUUAUCGCUAAUUUCCUCCAAAUCAUGAAGUAUCGAGGUUAUAUUAAAGACUUUCAAGUACAUGAUCCUCAUAGAGUUGGUAAGAUAUCUGUUGAAUUGCUUGGAAGGAUCAAUGAUUGUCGAGCUCUCACCUAUAGACAGGAUAUCAAGGCGGCAACUCUUGAGGAUUAUAAAACACGCACCCUUCCUACACGUCAGUGGGGAUAUGUUGUAAUUACAACACCAAACGGAGUUUUGGAUCACGAAGAAGCUCAGCGGCAAAAUGUGGGUGGACAAGUUCUUGGCUACUUUUAUUGAACAAGUUCAGACGUGGUAUGGUUGAAAGUUGGCAAGAACAUUCUUCUGAUGUCAUCUGUUUACUACAUUGUGGCUUGCCGCUGACAAGGAAGAAUUCAAAUAUACAAGCAGCCUGGCCUUUCCAAUGGCCUUAUAUGAAAGUGGAUUGUCCUUUCCCCAUGGCCAAUAGGGAAUAAAAACAUGAGAAUUCCUGUUAAAUUUUCUCUAUUUACUUGUAGCUGUACUUCUGAGCGUUGUUGGUGUGGAGACUUUUGAGUUAUAAAAUGUUUUUAUGCUCAAAAUCUAUGAGAUCAUAUUCGUGGGAAAAAAAAAAUCAAAAAUUGUUCAAUGCCUGCC